GCAAAGCCCACCUAGCGCUCAGCCACAAGCCAGUACACUCUAGCUAGCUACUAGCGUUAUCCACAUAGCAAUGGCGCUCUCCAAGCUCGCCCUCUUCAUCGCCAUGAACCUGGCCCUCCUCGUGGCCGUGCAUGGCUGCGGGUCGUGCGGCAACACACCGCCCGUCCCAGUCCCAAGCCCACCGAUCGCCGUGCCCCCACCAGCUCCCGUGCCGUCUCCGCCUUCACCCGGCGGUGCGGGCGGCACCUGCUCAAUCGACACGCUCAAGCUGAAGGUAUGCGCCAAUGUGCUGAACCUGCUGAAGCUCAACCUCGGCGUGCCGACGAACGAGCAGUGCUGCCCGCUUUUGAGCAGCCUCGCCGACCUAGACGCUGCCGUGUGCCUCUGCACCGCCAUCAAGGCCAACGUCCUCGGCAUCAAGCUAAACGUGCCGGUCGACCUCGUGCUCCUCCUCAACCAGUGCGGCAAGACCUGCCCCGCCGACUUCACCUGCCCCAGCUGAUCCAUAUAUAUCACAAACCAUGCAUGUUAGACCUGCAUCGUCGUCAUCGUCGUAGUCAUAAUUAUCAUAUUUUCUGGUAUACGCAUGCACACCUAUAUAUUUUCUGCUUUUCCAGUUCAUGUGUAUGUCAGUCGCGUGGAUGAUGGGCUCCCUCGCUCGUGCAUGCAUGCUUAAGUUACUCAUCUCCCGUUAUGGUAUCUAAAUGCAUGAUUCAAGUAUUUGUAAAAGAAUAUAUGUACGUGGAAUAAAAAGUUUGUUCAGGUUGUGUUUUUA